AUGAAUAAUAUGGCCAAGGAGGUCGGCACCGUGGCUCAGAAUCUUCCCUGGAAGCUGGGCCCCAAGUUGGGGGAGACCAAGUCGUCUACGCUGGCUGCUGGUGGAGCGUCUCGACACGACUUUCUUGCGGCUGCGGCGAUCCUCACAGGGCAAUUCAACAAGGAAGUUGAAGGUCUGGAGCCGCUCAAGAGCGAGACACAAAGGGUUUUGGCUCAGAUUUUGUGGCAUCUGAGCAACGCGGUGGCGGCGUUUGAGAGCCAGCUGGAGGUGGUGCUGUCUCAGACGUUUGCCACCGACGACGAAAUUCUGGAAAUGCGGGGCUUUCAACGCCAUCUGCGCCGCGCCACGAUGGAGCUGGAGCUCUUUGAGGACCGCUCGCGGUUUUUCGACAAGGACAUUGCAGUGGGGUACUCUUGCCAGCUCCAGAGACGGCUGCUGGACCUGGUAACGGGAUACAAUGACGAGAGGUUGAAGGAGUGGUUCGUCGAGCAACAUGGCUGGGGCAAACAGGUUAUCUUGGCCAAAGGAACGAAACGAGCAGUGGUUGUGGAAGCGAAAAUACAGAAGGAGACCGACUUGUUUCCGCCCGAAAUCAAGUCGCUGGUGUUUGAACAGCUGGAUGUCGAAUCCUGCGUGGCUCUGAGGCAGGUCGAUUCCAGCUGGUACGCUGCUUUCCGGGACAGCGAGCCGAUUUGGGAAGCAAAACUGCGCUUGAGAAACCCCUGGAUCAAGCCGGGCGGUGGUCCGGACCUCAAUUCCUGGGCCGGCUGUGUUCUCGUGUUCGUGGCAAGACUCCAAAAGUGGCCCACAGUCGACGACAUCAACGACAUUGCUACCCCGACCGAACCAGCCGAAUGUGAAUCGGUGGUGGCAGUCGAGCUGGAAGGGACCAAAAAGCCCAACAGCUGCUUCAGCGGCAUGGUGGAACAUGACUACGAGCACUGCCACCCUAUUGUCUGCGAACAGAAUCAUUGUGCCACCUUCGACUACCGUUUCGAUUAUUCUCUGAAUCUCUGGACCCAUGAGAUAUCUACUCUGCAUCAUCCGACCCCCGAAUUGGUCCACUCAGACGAAAAUUACUUUGCAAUUCGUUACAAGGACAUCGGAAUGGUUCUUCCGACGAGCUUUUCGCUACAAGGCAUUGCUGCAGUGAAAGAAGGACCAAACUACAUUCUGGUGAGCAAUGAAUCCGGGGAGGCAGCUCUACUACCUCGCGAAAAUCCUCACAUCGACUCGGGUCUGUCACUUGAACCGUUCCAGUACGGAACACCCGAGGAUAGAUACUUUUUUGAAGACAUGUUCAUGACCAGAGCCCAACUUUCCGUGUUGCCAGAUGAAGGAAGAGACCACCGGUUUCUCAUUGCUGAUUUCCACGCCCAAAAAAUGCAUGUCUAUGCUAUCGCAUCUGGUCCAAGCCAACCGGUGGCUUCCUACAAUGGACUUGUUUGGUGGUCCAUUCACCGAGAUUGUCUUCUGCCUACCUUUAUCGAUCUCCAGAGCCCCCGAAAGGUCUAUUAUUCUGCGGAAAGGACCAUGCGGGUGCCCAAACACGAGCCUGCCCGGAUUCAUCAGGGCAGCAGGUCGCGCAACUGCAGCCAGUUUGUUUUUGGAAUCCGACAUCGAGCCAAUGUUGCGUCUAUGGUCGACCUAGCCACCGGAAUCCUCACGUCCAUGUACAAGCCACGAGACGAGCCAGAAGGCAAAGUGGUUCCCGGUUUUCAGAACGGUCGGUUCUAUCCUCGGUAUCUCUCCGAAUCUGCUUGCAGGACCUGGGAUUUGUUCACUGAGGAGUUUUCAGAAGACGACGGGCGUUUGUGGUGA